UAUCUGAUAAAUAAUCGAAGUUGGUGUGCGAUUUACAAAAAUAAACGUGGAAUGUUUGCAAAAUGGACCUAAAAUGUGUUUUAAUAUCUGAUUUUGAAAAAGUUUGCCGUAUUUGUAUGAAAUUUGAUAGCACAUUCUUAUCUAUUAACUCCUUUAAAAUAGUUGAAAUGAUAACAGCAUGCACUUCUGUACAGAUAUGGCACAAUGAUGACUUACCAAAUCAAAUAUGUAACGAAUGUUUUCUUCAAUUACAAAAUACCAUUAAUUUUAAACAAUUAUGUGAAAAUUCAGACAACGCAUUUCGUCAAAUUAUUGAACAGAAUAAAAACAAUUUAUGGAACAACCAAAAUGAUUCGGAUAACGUGAAAAACGAAGGAUUAGAUGUCUCAAAUUUUCCAAUAUAUAUCAAAGAAGAAGAUGAUGUUGAAAAUAUUACAAAUGAAAAUAACGAUGAUUCCAAAAAAUCAAAAAUUGAAGAAAGGAUAGAAAUUAAAAAUGAAGAUAAAUCAGAAUUGAAUAGAAUAAGAACCAGAAAAAAAACCAUUCAAUAUAAAUUCGAAGAAGAGAGUGAUGGCUGUGAAAAUAUAAAUGAUGCAAGUGAUAGUGAAAAUGAAAAAUUUAGUAAUGAAAGUGAUAGUGAAAAUGAAAAUAUAAAAGAAGAAGGGGAAACUGUGGAUGAAAAACCGGAUUGGAAAUGUGAAACAUGUUCAAAAACAUUUAAAAGAGUAGAUGCUCUUGGUUUGCAUAUGAAGAAAGUUCAUAAUGCAGACGGUGUUAAAUGUGGAAAGUGUUCAUUAAUUUUUUACCAUCCAUUACAUUUAUGUGCUCACGAAAAGUCUCAUAAUAGAUGUCGAAUUUGUAAUUUAAAAUUUCCUACACUCAAAAAAUUAUCACAACAUCGAUUAACUCACAAAAAUGAUUAUGAACCCGAAAUAUUUUGUAAGUUAUGUCCAGCAAAAUUUACAAAAAAUAAUAGUUUAUAUAAACAUAUGCGAUACGUACAUAAAAUCAUAAAAACACGACAACGUCCAAAAUGUGAAAAAUGUGAGGAAACAUUUCAAACGAAACGUAUUUUAUUAAAACAUAUACGAAAAAUGCAUAAAGAUGAAAAAAUCAAAUCGAAAGAUCAAAUUGUUAAUUGUGAAAUUUGUGGGAAAUCAUUUAAACGAUGUUAUUUAAGUAGACAUAUGUUUUCACACGAAGAACGUGAUAGUGUAGCUUGUAAAUUUUGUGAAAAGAAAUUUAAAUCAAUAUUAACACUCCAAGAACACAUAAGAAAUUAUCACAAUAGUUCAGGUCUUGUUUAUAAAUUUUUAUGUAAUCAAUGUGGACUUAAGUUUCGUACGAAAUAUCAUUUAAAUAAUCAUUUAGUAACGCACACGAAGGCACGUCCUUUUGCUUGUGAUAAAUGUGACAAAACGUAUCCAAGACGAUCUCGAUUAAAAAUACAUGUAUCACGUGUUCAUUUGAACGAACGUAAUUUUGUUUGUACAUUCUGUUCUCAAGCCUUUUUUGAUAAAAAGAUUUUAUUGAAUCACGUACGACGGCAUACUGGUGAAAAACCAUUUAAAUGUUCAAUGUGUGACAAAAGUUUUAUACAAAAAGUUGCUUUAAAAGGUCAUAUGAAAGUACAUAUUAGUUCAAUUUAAAAUAUACAGAUGGCCAAGGGGAUGAAACCUUAGAUCAUAUAUUUUAAAUAGAUAAGCCCAACGUUUACCAAGUAUGUAUAUUUUGGCUUCACAGAGUAGAUUAACAAAGACAAAAAUACAAUAUUAAAAAAGCUAACGGAGAAACACGUAAUACCGAAAG